GGCCUCGUUUUCAAUUUUACAACCGCAACGAGGAGGAACAGGAAGGAAAAGGUCGUGAUGUCGCGCUACUCGAGGCCUCCAAACUCUUCUUUAUACGUCAGAAAUGUUCCAUCAAAUGAAAGGGCAGAGGAUAUGGCAGAAGAACUUCGAGCAUUGUUUGGUAAAUACGGACCCCUAACAGACGUCUAUGUCCCGGUAGACUAUUACACACGGGCGCCCAGAGGUUUUGCAUAUGUACAGUUUGAAGAUUCUCGAGAUGCUGAUGAUGCCCUGUAUAACUUGGACAGGACCAGGUUUUUUGGAAUGGAGUUGGAAGUGGAGUUCGCCAGAGGUGAUCGUAAAACACCAAAUCAAAUGAGGUCAAAGGACAGGGGAGGUAGAAGAAGCUCGCCUUACAGGGACAGUCACUACGGCGGAGGAGAUUACGACAGAAGACGAGGCCGAAGAAGAUCCAGAAGCAGAAGUCCAAGAUACAGGUCAAGGUCUAGGAGUCCAAGGAGAAGUCGAAGGAGGAGCAGAUCCAGAACACCAGAGAGAAGGAGGAGUAGGACAAGAAGUCCGUAUGAAAGAAGGAGGAGUCGGUCAAGAAGUCCAUAUGAAAGGAGGAGAUCCAGGACAAGAAGCAGAGAAAGGAGGAGAUCACCAUCACGAUCCAGGUCAAGGUCAUAUGAAAGACGACGAAGCGGCUCAGGAAGAAGAUCAAGGUCAUACAGUCGUUCUGCGUCAAGGUCACCAGGCCGUGGAAAGGAAGAGUCCCCAGCCAGAAACGGUCACAGCCGUAGCAGGAGUAGAAGUCCCCCUCCAAGUGCUGCCAAUUAAGAUGUUUUUGACUUUGAACAAGCCUUCUAUUAAUUUUAAAGAAGACACAGUGACAUUAAUAUGUUUUAUACUGGUGAACAAAAGUUUCAUAUGACAUUAGCAUACAUGAUUUUAGUGUUUUUGUUUUGUUUUCUCUCACUUUGAAUGUAUUUCAUUGCCAUAAUAAUGAUAAUGAUCAAUCCAGCAUUGUUUUUUUUUUGUUAUAUUUGUUUUGGGUGAAUACAAGAUAUUUGUAUCCUUCAUCAGUAAGCUUUAUAUGGAUGAUGUGCAAACUGGAAUGCCUGCAGAUUACGUUCUUAUGUAGCUCAAUUGGCAUUCUUAAGAGAUGCUUGCUUUGUUGUGCCCCUUUUUUUUUGGCUGUUUUAUAUCUUAUAGGUUGAUGAUAUGGAAAUAUAUUUUACCUCGGCCAAAUAGCAGAUUUAUGACAUUCUAGCUUUAUACAGAUAAUUUACCACAUGUAAUUUGUUUUUAAGCAUUUUAAUAAAAUAAUGAAUGUA